AUGGUCGACGUCGGGGAAGAUGAGCUUAAAAAGCUCGAAUAUCUGUCUUUGGUGUCCAAAGUUUGUACUGAACUUGAUAACCAUUUAGGAAUAAGUGACAAAGAUCUUGCGGAGUUUGUGAUAAGUCUUGCUGAGAAGAACCCAAACUUUGACGACUUCAAAGGAGUACUGCUUAAAAAUGGGGCCGAAUUUACCGACUCGCUCAUUAGCAACUUGCUUCGUCUCAUUCAAACGAUGCGACCCCCAGCAAAAACUUCCACCAAAAAAGGCUCAGAGCCCGUGGUCAAACCAAAGUCUGAGAAAGACAAACUGAAGGAGAUGUUCCCUGCUCUCUGCCGACCUGACAACCCUGCCACCAGAAGCAUGCUGGACGAGGAUGACGUGAAAGUCGCAGCUGAUGCCAUGAAAGAACUGGAGAUGUUCAUGCCCAGCGUCAGCGGGGCUGCCUCUAAGGACAGCAAACACAGAUCUGACACAGAGAGCAGUAAGAAGAAGCGGAGGAGCAGAAGUCGUAGUCGCAGUCGAGACAGGGACAGGGACAGACACAGAGACAGAGACAGAGACAGGGACCGAAGGAGACGCCAUCGCUCCCGCUCUCGGUCCCGAUCUCGCUCCCGCUCCAGGUCUCGCUCUCGCGAGCGGGACAGGAAGAAGGUCCGGGUUUCUCGCUGGCACUCGCGCAGUCGCUCCAGGAGCCCCCGGAAGGACAGGGAUAAGGGAUACGACCGUUGGAAGGACAAGCACGUGGACCGACCUCCUCCGGAGGAGCCCUCUGUCGGAGACAUCUACAACGGCAAAGUCACCAGCAUCAUGCAGUUUGGAUGCUUUGUGCAGCUGGAGGGCUUGAGGAAACGAUGGGAGGGCUUGGUUCACAUCUCUGAGCUCAGGAGAGAGGGGAGGGUGGCCAACGUGGCUGAUGUAGUCACCAAAGGUCAGAGGGUCAAGGUCAAGGUGCUGUCCUUCACAGGCUCCAAGACUAGUCUCAGCAUGAAGGACGUCGACCAGGACACAGGUGAGGAUCUGAAUCCCAACAGAAGGAGGAACGUGGGAGGGGAGGGCAGCGAAGAGUCGGCCAUGAGGAACCCCGACCGACCCACGAACCUUAACCUGGGCCACGCGCCCGAGGUGGAGGACGACACGCUGGAACGGAAGAGGCUCACCAAGAUAUCAGACCCCGAGAAGUGGGAGAUCAAGCAGAUGAUUGCUGCUAACGUUUUAUCCAAAGAGGAGUUCCCUGACUUUGAUGAGGAGACAGGGAUCCUCCCUAAAGUGGACGAUGAAGAAGAUGAAGACCUGGAGAUCGAACUGGUGGAAGAGGAGCCCCCGUUCCUGAGAGGACACACUAAGCAGAGCAUGGACAUGAGUCCCGUCAAAAUCGUCAAGAAUCCAGACGGCUCUCUGUCCCAGGCGGCGAUGAUGCAGAGCGCCCUGGCUAAAGAGCGGAGGGAGGUGAAACAGGCCCAGCGCGAGGCGGAAAUGGACUCCAUCCCUAUGGGCUUAAAUAAGCACUGGGUUGACCCUCUGCCCGACGCUGAGGGCAGGCAGAUCGCCGCCAACAUGAGGGGCAUUGGUAUGAUGCCCAACGACAUCCCAGAGUGGAAGAAACACGCUUUUGGAGGGAACAAGGCUUCGUACGGGAAGAAGACCCAGCUGUCCAUCCUGGAGCAGAGAGAGAGUCUGCCCAUCUACAAGCUCAAAGAGCAGCUCGUUCAGGCCGUCCACGAUAAUCAGAUCCUGAUUGUGAUUGGUGAGACGGGCUCGGGGAAGACCACUCAGAUCACUCAGUACCUGGCGGAGGCGGGCUACACCACACGGGGGAAGAUCGGCUGCACCCAGCCCAGGAGAGUGGCUGCCAUGUCAGUGGCCAAGCGAGUUUCUGAGGAGUACGGUUGCUGUCUGGGACAGGAGGUCGGUUACACCAUCCGUUUUGAGGACUGCACCAGCCCAGAGACGGUGAUUAAGUACAUGACAGACGGUAUGUUACUGAGAGAGUGUCUGAUCGACCCAGACCUGGGUCAGUACGCCAUCAUCAUGCUGGACGAGGCCCACGAGAGAACCAUCCACACCGACGUGCUCUUCGGCCUGCUCAAGAAGACGGUUCAAAAACGAGCGGACAUGAAACUUAUCGUGACCUCAGCUACUCUAGAUGCCGUGAAGUUCUCACAGUACUUCUACGAAGCACCCAUUUUCACCAUCCCUGGCCGCACGUACCCCGUGGAAGUGCUGUACACCAAAGAGCCUGAGACAGACUACCUGGACGCCAGUCUGAUCACGGUUAUGCAGAUCCACCUGACAGAACCUCCAGGCGAUAUCCUGGUGUUCCUGACGGGACAGGAGGAGAUCGACACGGCGUGUGAGAUCCUGUACGAGCGGAUGAAGUCCCUCGGCCCUGACGUUCCGGAGCUGAUCAUCCUGCCUGUGUACUCGGCCCUGCCGAGCGAGAUGCAGACGAGGAUCUUCGACCCUGCACCUCCGGGCAGCAGAAAGGUGGUUAUCGCCACUAACAUUGCCGAGACCUCUCUGACUAUCGACGGAAUCUACUACGUGGUGGACCCAGGAUUCGUCAAACAGAAAGUGUACAACUCUAAAACAGGCAUCGACCAGCUUGUCGUGACCCCCAUUUCUCAGGCCCAGGCGAAACAGCGAGCGGGCAGGGCCGGCAGGACCGGUCCGGGGAAAUGCUACAGACUGUACACGGAGAGAGCCUACAGGGACGAGAUGCUCACCACCAACGUUCCUGAGAUCCAGCGGACCAACUUGGCCAGCACCGUGCUUUCUCUGAAGGCCAUGGGCAUUAACGACCUGCUGUCCUUUGACUUCAUGGACGCCCCGCCCAUGGAGACGCUCAUCACGGCCAUGGAGCAGCUCUACACCCUAGGAGCUCUGGAUGACGAGGGACUCCUCACGCGUCUUGGACGCAGGAUGGCUGAGUUUCCUCUGGAGCCCAUGCUGUGUAAGAUGUUGAUCAUGUCGGUCCAUCUGGGCUGCAGUGAAGAGAUGCUUACCAUUGUGUCUAUGCUGUCUGUACAGAACGUCUUCUACAGGCCAAAGGACAAGCAGGCCCUGGCUGAUCAGAAGAAGGCGAAGUUCCACCAGCCCGAGGGAGACCAUCUAACCCUGCUGGCCGUAUACAACUCCUGGAAGAAUAAUAAGUUUUCCAACCCCUGGUGUUACGAGAACUUCAUCCAGGCACGCUCCCUGCGCCGUGCCCAGGACAUCCGCAAACAGAUGCUGGGAAUUAUGGACCGACACAAGCUGGACGUGGUGUCAUGUGGGAAGGCCACAGUGCGCGUACAGAAAGCCAUCUGCAGCGGUUUCUUCCGUAACGCAGCCAAAAAAGAUCCUCAGGAGGGUUAUCGGACCCUCAUUGACCAGCAGGUGGUCUACAUCCACCCUUCCAGUGCUCUCUUCAACCGUCAGCCAGAGUGGGUGGUGUACCAUGAGCUGGUGUUGACCACUAAGGAGUACAUGAGGGAGGUGACCACAAUCGACCCGCGCUGGUUGGUGGAGUUUGCGCCGGCCUUCUUCAAAGUAUCUGACCCCACUCGCCUCAGCAAGCAGAAGAAACAGCAGCGCCUGGAGCCUCUCUACAACCGUUACGAAGAGCCAAACGCCUGGAGAAUUUCCAGAGCUUUCCGCCGACGUUAGCGGAGCCAGGCAACGCGAGCGUGUAUAUAGACUGGCAGCGUUCGUCAUUCUUUUUUCUCCGCCCCUGGGGAAAACUAUAGCGCCACCCCAUGGACUGGAGGCUGGUUGAAGAAAAGGAAGAAAGAAAUGUUUUGUUUGUUUGUUUGUUUGUUCCUUUCUUUUUACUGAGCUCUUUAUGUGGUGCUCUCUUGGGUCUCAAAGAACUGUAUUUUUUUUUUUUUUUUUUUUGUUAAA